CGGGAAUUGGUGCCGUGAUAACGACGAGGUCGAUAAGUUACGCCUUGUGGGCAGUUUAUGUCCUGCUAAAAUCGUUUAACUUGGUGAUUAUGUUCUUGUCCCUUGUUAGAAGGCAAGGGGGAAAAUGAAGGGAAUGGCACCCGGAAAAACACAGUAUUCCAUCCACCCUUCGGUUUCCUUCGCUCGAGGCAAGUUAAACGGGAGGCCGGAGGUGAAAACCAGACGGUAAUGUAGUAUGGAAGUGCGGAAACGUGGCUGGUCGUGCGAGUUCGGAACUGCUCAGCCAAAUCCCGUCUUCAGAGUUUAUAGCAAACUUGGUAGCAGCUAAAAGAAGGCCAACCCAAGAGAACUUGGUAAGAAGAAUUAAUACAUUGCCCUGACUCCCUGUCAUUUUGCUUGCCUUAUUUACCAUGGCGGAAAGUCGCUUGAUGACAUUAACGCAGGCUUGAUUCAAUAUUAAAACGGCUAUGGUCUUAUUGCAAAUAUCCAUGCCUGCGCACGUCAUCCAGAUUUUUCCCAUUUGAUUCCUACAAGCAUAAUAAUAAGUGAGAUACUCCUCAAGAAGAGAGGGGGAUGUACUGUACCUCGCCCUGGGUUCCAGGAUACCAGGCUCCUGAUGAGUCAGACUUUACACAUACGUUAGAGUCUGAAAAUUUUUUGGGAAGAAUUUUGGUCUUUUGCGGCCGGAUUGGCCACUCUAGUUGUAGAUAAUUAUGUCUUAGAUCAAUGCCCUGUUUUCGUCGUUGCAAGUCGUUUCACGAUGUUGACGUUGGAAAGGGACCAGAAGUUUUGUCACGUGAAUUGGACUGAUAUUCUGCUGCGCCACACCGCCUUGAACUGGGGAAUUUUUCAGCAAGAAGCAAAACACUUUGAGUGAUGGAUCUUGCGCCGUUGCUACCUUCGUUCAAGCUCCUUUCCACUUAUCAAUUUUGUUCCCUUUUAGUUUUUUUGCUAUUAAUUCCCCCUUGAACUGCGGCAAUUGAACGCCGACCUUUCAAAGCGGAUUCAAUGGCACCAAUUCCUAGUAAAAAAAGUUCUGGUGAUGAUUUUAUCUUAACUCUAUCAGAUGGCGAGAAUUCGACCCUGCCCAAUGGGGAUGUCGACUUGGACGAAGCUGGAGAUGAUGAACUGGUUACCGCGAAACCAUCGAAAUCAAAAUUGAAAGCUUUGGGCACCAAACGGAAAAGGGAUGAUGAAGUUGUGGCCAAUGGAACUCAGAAAAAAAGGUCAAAAAAAGCCCAGAAAGAAGAUAGGAAAAUACAGCGACCGGGUCAUGGUGCGGAGCUUAAGUCGAACUCCGACACUGAACAGGACGCAAACGAGAACGACGAUGGGGCCCUGGACCCCGAUUUUGAAUUCGAUGUUGGAGGUGCGGCACACGCCGAUCUCGUGGAGGACUUCGAUGGCUGGGGACUCGAUGAGCGAUAUGGGAUUAAAACUGAUGGGAAGGGAAAUAAAAAGGCAGUGGAUAUUGAUGAUUUAAUUUCCCGCAGGCGACAGAAGAUGAAGCAAAAGUUGGAAAAGCAGAAGACGAAGGAACGGAAGAAAGCCGAAGAAGAGUCUGGCGAUGAGUUUACUGGGAUUGAUUCGCAGGAUGAAGAUGAACCAGCCAAUGCUGUGGACUUCGAGGAGGAUGAGCUUCUGGCUCCUGAUGGAUUUGGUAUGGGAGCCGCAAGUGAAUCAGAGGAGGAAGAAGGUGACCAAUCCGCUUUGGUUGAGUCCUCCGACUCUGAAAACUCUGAGGGAGCAGCUGAACCGGAUUCCGAGGAAGUGGAUUCCGAUCACGACUCUGUUGCUUCUCCAGUGCCACAUCCUGACGAUAUUGCCUCAGACGAUGACUCUGGCGACGAAAGUGAAGAUGCUGCUGAAAUCGAAAAGCAAAAGGCCUUCUUUGCCCCUGAAGAGAAAGCAUUAACAAACGGCAUCCUAGAGCCUGCAAAAUCUUUCCAAGCAUUUUCACUCUCGAGGCCAAUCCUACGAGGUCUCACGUCUGUUGGUUUCACUACCCCUACUCCUAUUCAACGGAAAACGAUACCAGUUGCACUCCUAGGAAAAGACGUUGUCGGUGGUGCAGUCACGGGGUCCGGUAAAACGGGUGCAUUUAUCAUCCCUAUUUUGGAACGUUUACUCUACCGACCCAGAAAGGUCCCGACCAGUCGCGUUGCAAUUCUGAUGCCCACUCGAGAACUUGCUGUUCAAUGUUACAAUGUGGCUACAAAACUUGCAACAUUCACGGAUAUCACCUUCUGUCAGUUAGUUGGAGGUUUCAGUCUUAGGGAGCAAGAGAACAUCCUGAAAAAGAGACCCGACGUCAUUAUUGCUACCCCUGGCCGAUUUAUUGAUCAUAUGAGGAACUCUGCAAGUUUCACAGUCGAUACCUUGGAAAUCCUUGUUCUCGACGAGGCAGAUCGAAUGCUGGAAGAUGGAUUCGCCGACGAGUUGAAUGAAAUUUUGACUACCAUUCCCAAAUCCCGACAGACAAUGCUCUUCUCCGCUACCAUGACAAAUAAUGUUGACAAACUCAUCCGAGUCGGCCUUAACAGACCUGUACGGUUGAUGGUGGAUGCGAAGAAGCAAACUGUGGGCACCUUGGUACAGGAAUUCGUCAGAUUACGGCCGGGCAGAGAAGACAAACGGUUAGGCUAUCUCAUGGUUCUCUGUAAAACCAUUUAUAAGGACCGUGUUAUUAUAUUUUUCCGGGCCAAAAAGGAAGCGCAUCGUGUGCGCAUAAUUUUCGGGCUCAUGGGCCUUAAAGCUGCGGAACUACAUGGAAGCAUGAGCCAGGAACAGCGUAUCAAAAGCGUUGAAAGUUUCCGUGAUGGCAAGGUUUCCUUCCUUCUCGCCACAGAUGUCGCCUCCAGAGGUCUUGAUAUCAAAGGUGUAGAGACUGUUAUUAACUACGAAGCACCACAAUCACACGAAAUUUACCUUCACCGUGUGGGACGUACGGCGCGUGCAGGACGUUCUGGGCGUGCAUGUACUCUUGCUGCAGAGCCAGACCGAAAAGUUGUCAAAGCUGCCGUGAAAACUGGUCGAGCACAGGGAGCUAAGAUCGUGAGCCGACCUAUUGACUCAGCAGAAGCGGACAAGUGGGCCGCUAAGGUAGAGGAGAUGCAGGAAGAGGUCAAAGAGAUUCUGAAGGAGGAGAAGGAGGAGAAACAGCUAGCUCAGGCUGAAAUGGAAGUCACCCGCGGCAGCAAUCUGAUCAACCACGAGAAGGAGAUCAUGUCCAGGCCCAAACGUACUUGGUUUGAAACCGAGAAGGAAAAACUGCAAGCUAAGCAGCGCUCUCUUGAAGAGUUGAAUGGGCCGAGUAAGAAGAAGAAAGGCAAGCUUAGCGGAAAGGAUAAAAAGAAACUUGACGACACCCGCGAAAGGAAAGAAGGGAAAGUGUGGAAGAAAGGCAAAGCUGAGCGUGAGGCCCCGGCUAAGGGUCCAGCGAAGCUUAAAGAUGGACAAAAGGGCAAGAGUAAGGCCAAACCAAAGGCUAGAGGGAAACCCCCCAGGCGAUGAGCUGUAAACCAAUGAGCCGUUUUGAUCACGGGCAACAUCAAUGUUAGCUACUUGCAUUAGCUUUGUACUGUACAUGUACAUUACAUGUACACUUGUUGAUUUUCAAAUAUCGUCUUACAUCAUACAAUACUAUUUCGCUUUACUACGGCUUAAUCUCCUGGU